AUGGCUACGGCGACCGGAGCGGCUGGACCGGAGGAGUGCGUGCAGCGGGGGAGGUCUCAGAGUGACCCGAGCAUCCUCACUGAGGCUCGGAUGGUCUACAACAACAACGGCGCAGAUGUUAUGGAGCAGCAGAGGACCCUUCACUCCGGUUGCCUGGUGACGGGGGUCCGGACGCCCCCCAUCCGCCGCAACAGCAAGCUGGCCAGCCUGGGCCGCAUCUUCAAGCCCUGGAAGUGGAGGAAAAAGAAAAAUGAGAAGUUAAGGCAAGGCUCUACAGGUGUGGAGAGAAAAGUGGCGGCGCGACAGCCUCGUGACGAGCUGUUGAGAAAAGGCCUGGCGGAGACCAGCACAGGGUCUGGUCUGGCUUGUGGAGGGAACUCGGAGGAGCCAGGUACCCCCACGCAGGAGUACUCAGACGGGGAGGAGAGAGAGGAUGAGCCCAUGGCACCGCUGGCCAACGCCACCGAAGAGCUGGAACCUGAUGAGGACAUUCCUUCCACAGUGCAAGAUGCCCCAGAGAACCCUGAGCCCACUGAGGAGCCCAGUCGAAACGAGGAAGAGCAGGAUGAAGAGGCUUCUUUCUCUGACCCUUCCAGCAAGGACAGCAGCACCCCCCCUGCUGAAGUUCUUCAGAGUCCAGAAGAGCUAAAGCCAGAGCCGCCGCGCAGAGAAACCCGCACGCCACCCCCAAAACUGCCCGCAAAGCUCCUGCCCCGACUCGGCAGCCUGGACAGUUCUCAUCCCAUUCAGAUGCGGCCCGCUCCAGCCACCCUGCCCCGGAACUUCACUCUGCCCAAAGACGCGCUGAGGGGACGCAUGUCCACCCCGACAGGCUCCCCACACCUGGGCAACAUGCAUCCACCGCUGCCCCCCAGCUGCAUCAUAGAGGAACUGCACCGCGCUCUGGCCACCAAACACCGCCAGGACAGUUUUCAUGGUAAAGAGGUCCGCAGCUCCCCUAAGAGGCGCUCUGACGGGCGUCUGUCACGCACCUCCAGCACAGAGGGAGAGCAGCAGGGUGGGGAAGUGGAGGAGAACAAAGAGAACAUGCGACUGGACGAGUAUUACAGUGACCAGGACAGCUGGAACGAGUCCGUCAUCUCUGGGACACUGCCGCGGCGGAUAAGGAAAGAACUGCUGGCCGUGAAGCUGCGCAACAGACCCAGCAAGCAGGAGCUGGAGGAGAGAAACAUCUUCCCUGUCCGCAGCGACCAGGAGCGCCAGGAGAUCCGCCAGCAGAUAGAAAUGAAGUUGGCCAACGCUGGUGUCGUCGUUUCCUAUGUCGGCGCGGACUUUUUGCACUUUGUCGCGGAGAACCGAGAGCGCUUCGCCCCGUUCAGCCUCCUCAGGGAAUCCCGGGCUGAGCUAAUCACCCCCCGCCUCUCCUCAUGUGGAAAUCCUCCAGGUUCUCCCAGCCGCUGCGGUGUCUCGACUCGAGAUGGACCUGGAGAGCUUGUCGUAGGAUGA